AAAAGUAGAACAUGUUCUGGGUGUGGCUGCAUGCGAUUUACCCAAUAGCCAAAGAGGGGGGACCGCUGAAAGGGAAAGACAAAGCGUCUGCUGCUGAAGGGAGUGGAAACCGAGGGCUGCAAGAUGAAGACCUCUGGAGCCUGUGUACUGUUCUGUCUCUUGGCAGUCUUCUUGUCCCCAGCUGACUGGUUUCCAGGGAUGGUAAAUGGGCAAGAACUGGAAAGUGCAACUGGUGAGGUUGGCACCGACUCUCUUAUCAGCACCUCCGCUGCAGCUGUCACACCACCUGUGCUUCUUAGUCCUGUUCAGUCUGACAGUGAAACCACAACAGCUUCAUCAGAUUGUCGUGAAGAAAAGUUCCCUUGCACACGCCUGUACUCUGUUCACAAACCAGUAAAGCAGUGUAUCAGCUACCUCUGUGUUACAAGUGUGCGUCGCAUGUACAUAAUAAACAAGGAGGUGUGCACUCGCGUGGUCUGCAAGGAGAAUGAGGUCAUGCAAGAUGAGAUCUGUCGCCAGCUGGCUGGCCUGCCUUCUCGACGUCUCCGCCGGUCUGAGCGACCCCUGCAUCUCCCUUGCAGACAGCUCCUGGAGCACCAGCGCAAAAGGCCUGAUGCUCUGUGAACUACCAACAGGAGGAGAGAAAAAGGAAGGGAGAGAAGAGAAAGCAUCUUCCACUACCUACAGCCCAAGACAAGUCUUUCUUGCUUGUGAUUUUCCCACCAUUUCCUUGCUUCUCUACCUUCCCCCACAUCCUCUUCUUCAGCUGCUGCAGUACACAGAGUUGCCUCGCUGCUAGUCUGUCACAGUGGCUGUUGUCAUCUUCUAAAUCUGUUGCUGAGGAUGUAGGGUUAUCCCUUCUUUUCUCUUGAACUCUGUUUUGCAGGCCAUAAUCUGCUCAUUUCCCAGAGGUCUUUAUAAAUGUGCUGCAUAUACUCUUGCUUUGCCCCUGCAGAGAAACGUGCUGUAGUCUUCUUCAAAGACAGAGACACUCUAAACUGCAUCUCGUGUGGAGGAGUGCAAACCUUUAUGUCCUAGGACUCCUGGUCUAGGUUUCUUGCAUGGCAUCAGUAUGAGUUCAGAUAUGGUUAUGCUCAAUCUGAGCCGCUCCAGUCCUCCUGAGCCACUGAGUUUGCUGUGUGAUAGCACAGUCUCCUCCUGUAUCUGCUGCCCUCAGAGAAAUGAGAGAACUGGGACAUGAGCUGUCCUCAAUCCAAGACAAACCUCAUUGUUCCUGUAUGGCAGCAGAUCAUUUAUAACUGCCUCUGGGAAGUUCUUUGUCUCAAGCCCAUUGCCUCCCUCAUACACAACUGCUAAGAAGAAUUCUGGAUUUAAUAUGCCAUUAUAGUUUUCUCAAGAAGAUUACAUUGGAACAGAGUGCUGCCUUUUCCCCUCCCUCCUUUCCUUUCUCCCAUCCUGCCCCUCCCUUCACAUUAAAGAAAUCUUUUGAUGCCCUUUUCAGGCAAGUUCCAGGGAGCAGGAGGUAUGGCUGCCUCUGCUCCUAAACCAAAGAAACCCUGUGAAGAACCUGUGUGUCCUCGCAGAACUGGGAACUUGCAAUGAAUUACCUUGUCCUGGUGACCUGUUGAGGUCUUGCUACCUCUGCACUUUCCAGUUGCUGAGCCUGCUUUUAAUGUCUCCACUGGAGCUCCUACCUCCUGACCUGGGAGCUCCUGCACAAAGCAGAAAGGAGUUGCAAAUUGGAAUGGGAUGUGGGAGAAGAUAAUUAUCUGGGAUCCCUGGAUUUUCCUGCAGGUUCUCUGUCUGUGCUGACCUGCACAGACCUAGGUGCUUGUGGGGAGGUAGAGGUAUCUGCAGAUAUAAGCAUAGAAGCAGGCCAACCUGGGGAAAAGAAUUCACUCUGGUAGCACUGGAUGUCUGUGGUCUACUCAAGAACUUUGCUUUCCAGAUAUAUGGAAAACGUUUUUAACUAUAUGGGUAAUGCUUGCAGCUAUAUGGGCAGUUUUCACUAUGAGACUAGGUAGGGUAAGUGGGGAAGAGCAGUCUAAAGUGUAUUCAUCACUCUGUGUGACUCCUAGUGGCAUGAUUCUGUGAGGCAUCUGAGCUGAGCAGCUUGGCUUACUGCAGCAGCAGAUCAGCGAGACCUCUAGGCCCUGUAAACACUGUUCCCAACAGAAAGCUAGUUUGCUAGAGUUUGCAUUCACACCCUUUGUGUAAUAUACUCUGCUGCUGUACUGAGUAUCAUUCAGCUUGCAGGAGCACUGCUCUGCUGCAAAGUCAGGGUCACAGUAUAGGGGACAGUUUGCUGCACAGAGGCAAAGGCACAGAUGCCUCCAAAAAAAGGCAAAACAAUGCAGGAGCCUCUCCCUUGGACUCAAAUUCUGCUGUAUGCAGCAAGAAGCUGUUUACAACCUCUGUGUAGGGUAAGACGCUCCUGUGUGGACAAGAAUUUGUUUCAUAUAAGGUCAAAACUGGCCAUAGAUGGGCUAAUUCUCUCUAUAUUAAUCCAGUGUACAGAAGAAAGACUUUCAAGCUAUGCAAUGACUGGAAUUUCAUCGUAUGCACAGAGUCAUAGCAUCCCUACACAGAGGAUGAUACUUCUCUUGAGUACUCAAGGGUCAUGAGACUAGGAAAAGAGGAGAAAUUUCUCUGUACUGAGGGUAUGCACAUUCCUGUAGAGAGGAGGGCACUGAGAGCUUGAUCUCAAAGACAUUCAAGUUACUGGCAGACACCAACUUCUGUGCUGGGAUGCCUGUGGAAUUGGCCUGUGUGGAGGAAGGUAGGAUGGAGAUGAGAUGUUAGAGGGAGCUCUUGGAAAUUGGACUAGGCCAAGACUCCACUCUGUAUCUAGAGUUGAAUGUAAGCUGAUAUAAAUAUAGAUAUAUAACUGUAUAACAUAGCUACUGUAGUGUAUAUAGAAAUCUAACGUUCAUACAGUUUGGGGAGUGGUUAGAAAGCUUACUGUUUCUUGUAUUCAGCAGGGACAGGAAGAGGUGCUCCUCUCCAAGAGAACAGUUUUAAUACUAGAGCCCAUAUAACGCACACAAAAAUAUUAAAAGAAAAUUUAUUUCCUGUUAUUCUUGGCAACUCUCAUGUGUUUGGGUUUAUUUAUCUCUAGCUGUAUUUCCUCCGGAUUUGUGGGCAGAUUUGACUCGAGCCCAAAUCUGUCAUUUAGACCUCUUUACUCCUUGCUAGCCCAGUCCUCAGCUUCCAGCCUCCCUUCACUCAUAAAUCACAGGUCUUCCUGAGAAGUCAUUUUGUUUUCUAGAGAUACAGAAAAUUAUCUUCAGCAAUUUUUUUUUCCAUGGUUAGUUGUGCUAGAUUUUCCUGACAGUUGAUAGCUGCUGAGCACAGGGAUAACUCCUUCCAGCCCAUGAGAUUUUUGCUGACAACACAUCUUUUCACUGUGCGUGUGCCAUGACUUGCUGGUGGAAACCUACCAUCUCCUAGUAAAACGGUAAGAUGACUGAAGUGAGAGGAGAGCUGUGAUAAAUCAUCCCAGAAGCAAAGAAGAAUUUGACCACUAGAGCCAUUUAACUCAGUAGUGGGAAUAAAUGAAAGACUACAUUAAAAAUUACAAGUCUAGGCCAAAAGGAUUAGGAAAAUUUUUCUUUGACUGAAUUUCUGACUUCUGCAUAGAUCCAUCAGGCACUAACUGUACAUCACAUUGUGGUUGACAGGAUGGAGCACUCGGAGCAUGGGGAACUCCAGGCAGUAUCUUCAUGUGCAAGCAGUCAAGUCUGCAUUUAGAUGGUAUUUCUAGAACAAAAGGAACUGUGGCCCAAAUUACUCAUUAUACGUCCUCUAAUAGUGCCCCAUAGUUCUUCAGGACAGGGCCACACAAUGCAGGUUAUUGCACAGCUCUGUCCCCUAGAAUCAGUGCUUCUUCCUGGCUAAUGCUGCAGAGCCCCUGUCUCAGAAUCUUAAAAUAGGAAAAGCCUCAGCCUAAGUGACUAUAGAUGUUGCUCGCAUCUACACAGUCCCACUUAUGAGCUUUUGGCCUUUGCAGUGUCCUAUCAGCACGUUCCACUGGCUGUGUGAGCAGAGUACACCAUACAUUCUCAACUUUUCGUAAUUCAGUUUAUUCCUCCAUUUCCUUAUAGCACUUGGGUCUGCAGACAGGCUUCCCCAUGUCAUUAAGCACUUAUCCCAUAUAAAGGCUUAUCUCCACUGCCAUUCUGACCUGAAUUGUCAUGGUGCUGCAUUCCUGGCCUCUGGAUGUUGCCUGUUAUCAGCACCUUGCUUAUGUUGCCAUCUGCUUUAAACUGGAGAAAUGGUUUUAAGCUCCAACUAGGUCUGUUUCUCAAAAAACUUGGACUAGCCACAAAGAAAUUUGCUGCAGAAUCAUUUUAGAAGCAUGAUCUAGAGUUUGUGGCUGAUUGUCAUAAACUUUUCAGAUGUGGAGCAGGAGUUAGUGGCCUGCAGUUUCUUCCCACACAGUGGUUGUUCUUUGCUCGUUUUGCUGUCGUGGCUCCUGAGCACCGAUCAAUGUUACCACUUUGAAAGCUGCUGUUUCAAGGCCAUGGUCCCCAAUUUGAUGCUUGGUCCCCAAUUUGAAGUGGUGCCUCACUUUGCUGAGCAUAUGGAGCUGGAGCUCUCCAAAAGGGAAACUGGCCACACUGAGGGCUUUCUGCUGCACUUGGAAAGCAAGGCUUGUCCCACCUUCCCAUGUCUCCUCCUCUUUGUUCUCUGCUUUUCUUAUUUUGCAAUAAAACCCAGGCUUUGUUUUAGUCGAAUAUUUCUUUUUGCUAUUUUUGUCAAUUUUCUGCACCUUCUUUUUCUGUUGUGUUCAUAUGUUUAUCUUGGAGCAAGAAACAUGCUGAGGGAGGACAGUAGGGCUGAAGUGGGAUGGCAGGAAAGGUGGGUGCUCAAUGAGGUGACACAUGACAUUGCCAGAUGGGGUCAGGGAAAGUGCUUGGCUCAUGCCAGUUCUUCUUUUCUCUUGCUCUCUGGUUCUCACGCACUGUAGCUCCAUUAGCUGCCAAGCUCAGAUUUUCUGAAGGGAUGGACAUGGCAGUCAGAGCAGGGAGGGAAGUAUGACACCUCAAGUCAGCUUGUGCACUGUGGGAACAGCAAAUGCAUGUCUUGAGGUGGAGGCCCCUGGUUGCAGAAACAAAGCAAAGAGGAAGAGCAUGGGGAGGCUGUUUGAAGUAGCUGCUAUGUCACCUAUAAGCACUGUGUUGUCUGGAUCUUGUUCACGAGAAACUGCAGCAUGAACAAAAUAUGCUGUCAUCAGGCCUCUCAGCUUGGAGGGAUCCAUAGUGCUGGCUGGGCUGUGGAUAUGUCUUUCAUAGAGGGGAGUUGUGCUUGCAAGCCACUCAAAAAGAGCCCUUCUAUUUCCUAAAGAGUAGCUGGACUGAAACCAAAAGGGAUUUUUGAAAAAGUUUGGAUUUUUUUCAAGAAAAGAGAUUUCAAACGUGCAUGAUCCCGUAACAUUUACACCUGGCACCACAUGGGCUGUCAUUUAAUCAUAGAAUAACAGCUUGGAAUGGACCUGAAAGAUGAUCUGGUCCAACCCUUCUUGGCAAAAGCACAGGCAUGGUUUGGCAGUCUAUAUCCAGUUGUGAACAGACCGUUGACUGGGACAUAGGGGAUCUGAAUUCCAUUUCUGAAUCUCCCUUUCACCUCUCGCUUUCUGAUCAUCAGAAUAAUGCCUUUUUUCCUUCUAUUCUCUGCCAUCCUUAGUUCUUGUAAUGUAGCAAGCUGGUACAAACUCCCACAAAAUAGAGAGCUGGAUUUUAGUCCAAUUAAAAAAGAACUAUUAAAAAAGUGGGUGAAAUGUCAUUAAUUAAUUGGAUUGCCUACUUUUGCUUUUAAUGUAAAUGAUUUUUCUAAAUAAAAAUGGUUUCAAUAACAUAAAUUAUAUCAGUUAAAAUGCAAGCUGCAUCUAUUUGUUACUACUACGUUGAAGUAUGUAAAAAAGGCUGAGUUGGUGAAAGUUAUCAACAGAGUGAAGCUUCUUACUGAAUGCUGUUUUGGGCCUUUUACUAAAAUUGCAAUUUCCAUACAAAUACAGCUUGAAACAAAUUAGACAUUAAAAAACAAGAUAAUAAACAUAUGUGAUUCAAUAUGUCUAAAUAAUAAGUAGGGUGAAUAUAUGCUUAAAUAUAAAAAUAAAUAUACAUGAAGCUGUGCAUUUUUUAAAUAAAUGUUCUUAUUGAGGUAGUAUACCCUCCCAGUUAAGAUCAUAGAUAAAAUUACUUUGGAAGUUAGCCAGCAGAAUUAACUUCAAACUGAUCACAUUGCUCAGAGCCUUGUCCACCUGAAUUUUGCAAAAGUCAGCAAGAAUGGAGAAUCUACAACCUGUUCCCAUCCUGCAUCAUAUUUAAAAAGAAGAAUAUUUUCCUGAUGUCACAUCAGAAAUAACUUUUUUGCAGCUUUCACUGUUGCCUCUGAUCUUUUUGCUGUGCAUCUUUGAGCAGACUCUCUCUCUCCCCUACAAUACUGCUGCAGAAAAUUGAAAAAAAUAUCAAAAAUAUUUAAUUCAUACAAAAGCUGAGUUUUAUUGCAAAACAAGGAAUUUUAAUGAUUACAAAUAAUUACUUUCCUUUGGGGAAACUGAUAAAAAAUGCAAAACAUGAUGAUGAUAAUCAAUGGCUGAAUUAAAGGAUUUACACUCUGUGUCCCUGAAGCAGGACACUGUCUCUGUUCAUACAGUUACCCAUACUUCUUGUGCACUGCCUUCUCAGCCUGAGUCCACUUUCAAUUUCUCUGCCUUGGGCUGGGUAACUUUGGGUUUCACUGUUUCACCCUUAGCUGUAUCUUUGCCUUUUUUGGUCUGUCAGCUUUCAUAUUCUUUAAGCUUUUGAUUGCUUUCUUGGCAAUGGUGGCUGCCAGUUUCUUGGAUUUCCUUCAGAUUUCCUUCACAGCCAUGUCAAAUCCAGGCUUCAUGGCAGUACCAGUCAAGGGUCAGCUGGUUCUUGGCCUUUGCUGCCUUCUUGGCACCUUCCUCUUGUCUUGUAGUUGAGUUUAAAAGAGCUAGAAGUACCAGGUCCUCUUGUGCUGCCUUUGUCCAGACUCUUGAGACCCAGCCUGUUGCAGCUGUUGUCCUUCUGAACUGCAUAGGCUUCAAUUCCCUACCAGAGUGGUGAAAGAAAGUUCUUCUGUGCUUCUUGGAGACCUCAUUCUCAUAAUCAGUCCUUCUGGAGACUGGAGCGUGACGGAUCUUGGUCCUCCUGCCACCUGCUCUGCUUUCUUAACCAAUGCCUUAGAGUCUGGAGCAUCAGUGGCAUGUGCAGCAACAGCAGUUGCUUCAAACAUGAUGGCCAGCACAGCCUACCACCAUGACCAAGGUUUUGGUUUCAAGCUAAUAUGCAUGUCAGCAUGCCACCUCUUGUAUUAGGUGCCAUAUACAUACAAAGCCAUUCCAUGUUGAAGGCACUGCUGUGGCAUUUACUGCUCCGAUUGUUCCCUUCUAGCACCAAGGUCAGACAGGAGAAGAAAAUGCACCCACUAGAAAAUGCUUACACCUGCUAUGUCUGUUGUCUGGUAUUCAACAAAAAGCACAGAUCAGCUGGAGAAAGCUACUUUGGCCGUUGUUGUGGAUUAACAAAUAAACCUGUUUACUUCCACAGCCUCGACUUAGCCUCCAGCCUGGUCCUUGCUGUAGAGGAAAGGUUCGAAAGAGUUGCUUUUCUGUCUGAUGCAGUGUGAAUGUAGUUGGUCCUGAGACUCUCAACACCGUGGUCGCAAGUAGUUUUCUCAUGAGCUCUGCCCAGAACCAUCGUUACAUCAUUUCUCUUGACUCCAUUGUCCUUUAGCUGGUACCUUUGUAGUUUCUCUCUGGUUUAGUUUAGGAAUGGCAUCUGAACUCUUCAUAGCCUCUGCAAACCCCUUUGCCAUUUCUGUUCCCUGAGAAUCCCUAGUGGCACAGCUUCAGGGUAGAUUUUUUUUUACUAUCCAGUCUGUGAGCAUUUUUGGUCUUGUUACCAGUUUUCCAAAUCAUGAUGGGACCAAGUUAGCCACCUUAAAGUAAAUGUACUUGUGCCCUACCCUACCUGCACCUGCACAGAAAUUAUAGAAGAGGUGAGCGGACAUGGUGUCCCCUUGUUGGGCAAAGGGAAAUUAACUGGUUGUGUAUGUGAGUACAAGAGCUCUAUAUUUUAGCGAGAUAUAUUGUUUUGGGGCCACAUCUGAGUGGGAAGCAGAAGCAAUGCUACAAGAAUUGUCUAAAACCAAUGGGCAGCAGUGAAUUAAAAUUUCUGAUAAUAAUAAUAAUUUGUAAUCCUUAAUUUCCCAAGGUCUUUGUUUCCCCUUCAGAUUCUUCCUCUUCUUUCUCUCUCUCCUCUCCUUUCUAAGAGCUUCUCCCAGCCUCUUCAUUCAAGCAGAACUCAUGCUUUUGUUUGGAACGCUAUGAAAUUAGCUAGGAAGUUCUCAAACUCUUGAAUACCCUGUCCUGCCUGGGCAGCUGGCUCAAGUGUGUCACAACUGACCUCACUGCUUACAGUAGAAACUUGGGACUCUCCUAAGCAGUCACAGCUGGAGAAAUAACUGAUGCUAACAGUCAGCACAGGCAGGCAGGGCAGUGCACUAGCAAGGAAAGAAGACAGAAAAGAUACCACAGCAAAGGAGAACCUCAUUAUGCAAUGAGAAACACUAUUCACUUCUUCUCCCUCUCUCCAUUGGGCUCAGGAUGGGUCUCCCAUUCCACCCCCACUAUCAAGAGCACUGGGCCCCUUGAAGAAGAUCAGGGUGUUGGGAGCAGACUCUAAUUGUACUACUUGAGAGUUCGGCAUUAGGGGGUAGAGGUUAGUGGUGAUAUGCCAGUAACCUGGACGUGGCUGGGGAUGAGAGCAUUCAAGCAGCUCUGAACUCUAGAAGAAGACAAGAAAUACGCUAUCUUGAAUCUUCUGAAAGUGCUUGCUUUGUAGGUAAGAAAACUUGCUAAGAUGCAAGAACACUGCUCAUGAGUGCUUCCAGCCAACAAAGACCUGUACAAUUGCAGGGAACUCAAGCCAAGGAACACGUAACAUGCUGCUCUUUGGUGAGCUCCCAAGUACUUCUCUCCCAGACGCUCCAGCAAAGGACUUCUCCAAAGACAUCAGGGAAAUUAAAAUUAGGAUUUAGCACCCAGGCCCCAGGUGCAAGACCUUUUUGCACUGAGCAGCAUGAGCUGCAGCAACUGCACAAACGGGAGCUAAUAACAGGCAACUUUGGUCUGUGAAACCAUAACCACAGCUAGAAGGUGAGUCUCAUUGUGAAAAACUGCAGUGCAAAACUGAGUUUCUCCCCGUGACUAGCAGAUGAUUGCAGCAAUACGUAGCUAAUGACUUCCAUUAAGGAGGGGGAAGAUGUGAUUGGGAGCAGAGUCUGGGAUGCCCAGACCAGGGGGCUGCACUGUAGAACAGAGUAACACUGGAACACAGCCUGCAACUCCCUGUCCAAAAAGAUGCAUUCUCUAGGUCUGCACAACAAGAAGUCAGAAGCCAAGUCAGAUGGGCAGGGUGCACUGCAGGCUGGAGCUGCAUGCACUGCUAUGGGAAGCAAUGAGGUGCAAGCAGCUCUGGUGGGUACUUCCGCACCCCCAGCUAUCAGCACAUGGAGCGUGCAUUCUCCUUUGAUCACAGACUCUCUGUAUUUCCUAGUGUAAAUGAGAAAAGCUGCUAACUAUGUCACAGCCUCAAACUAGAAAAGAUGCUUAAGGACUUUUAGUGCAAGUACUUGGACUUUGGUCACAUUUCUUACCUACAUUCAUGAUGGGGAAGCCAUUCAUUUGGUCUCAACACCUUUCUUCCCUUCCUGCUGGUGAUCCCAGCAGGUGUCAGCCACUGGUAGCAAGGGAUGGGACUGCUGCUGCCUAGAGACAUGGUAGGGGGAGUUAAUAUGGGCGGGGAGAAAAAAAUUCUGGAGUCACAAAGGCAGGAUUAAGGGUUAUUAGUUCCUAUAAGAAGCCCCAGUGUGGAUCAGCAGAGAUCUGCAGGGCAGGAAUGAAAGGCACUCACAGGACUGUGGUUGAAAGAUGUGUACUCAAUUCAAUAGUUUCACCCUAAUUUGCCUCAUUCCCCAGCACCAAAACAAGCUCAACAGUACAACAAAAAUAAAGCAUGAGUCAAGUCUCCAGGUAAAGGUUUGCAGUGCAAGCCUGGAAAGCCAAAUUACUAGCAAACCACAUAAUACCAUAUAAUCUUAGUGCACACCCAGCAGCCUGAUGCCCUCAAUUCUGUGUCAGUGGCAUGAUCUACAAUCCUGCAGCAUGCAGCAGUGCACAGCAUGGGGGUCCAGGUUUCAUAAAAUUCCCUUCCCAGUGGCACUCCUACGCAUCUUGAACUCCUGCCUUCCUCCGACUUCCCUCUCAUGACCUGGCAUCCCUGCUCUUGUCUAACUUAGAUGCAGCCUCAGUGACACUCACCCCACAGUGCUUUAGAUUUGUGUUUUCAACUCCACCAACACACACUCCACACCCAGUGAUGUCCACCCCACGCAGUCCUCAUACAUCCUCACAGCUUUCAUACAUCUCUGUGGUGCUGCAUAUUCUGCAGCACAAAAGGCAGUGCUUUGUCAUGCAACUACUGAAACCUUCUCCCCAGUCAUGGCAUCUGCAGCUGCAUCACAAGAUGAGUUGGCAGCUCUAGGGACUUUUGCAUUCCUUUGCCUCAUGUCCUAGACAGCAAGCUUCCUCUCCAUCUAGUGCAGACUUUUAUCUUACACCCAGGACUGGAGUAGUGGGAGUGGUCUGCCUGGCAGAGAUGCCUGCGCAAGUGUGUUACAAAUGCAUUGCAUCUUUAGUUCAAAAUAGGGUGAUGAAUCUUUGUGAAAUGAACAC